AUGACGUACAACUCAACAAGUGACCGAGUAAAUGGCCUACUAGCAUCACUCGAUCCGAUGAAUUCGACCAUCCUACAGAUCAACAGCCUCGUCGUCGACUUUAACAACACUGAUUACUUUAAUAUACCUGAGCGAUUAAUCGACUACGAAUUGAAACUGAACAACUACCAGCAACUCACCGAAAACUACACAGCUUCACUUAGCGUCAUAAAGUCUAUAGACGUGACCACCCUGGCCACCAAUAUCGGUGAUUACCCAUACAUCUCUAUGCCUGCUACCAACUCAACCCUCGUUGGUUUGAUCGCGAAUGAAUCCCUGAUCUUCAAAAUCGGCGAAGAUGCAUUCAAUUCUUUAAACAACUACAACACCUUUGUCAAGAGCACUGAUGAUGUUUUGAAUGGUUUCAGAGGAAGAGUGGGAGCAGCCAACCAAUCCAUGCUAUCUUCGGAGAACCAGCUGAACAUCAUCGAUCCACAAUUGAAAUCCAUCAGCCUUCCCUACAUCAACAACAUAAUCAUCAACGAUAUUGCCAGGCAGAAAGCUGUAACAGAUGCUGUCCUGGUUCUUGCUGAUGACCUCUUUACUACCAACUUCUACGUCAACGCCUCAAAAAAACUUGUGGAAGAUGGAGCUAAGUACGUGAGUGAACUCAGAGACAAGUAUAACCUCAAAAUUCAGGUCUUUAGUCCGACCGGAAAUAGAACGACAGCUGCUAAUAGCGCAAAAACUCAGGCGCAGACAAUAUCAACGAACGUGGAUGCUUAUUGCGCCAAAAUAUCAUCUCUCAAAAACACGAUAUCCGCGAACAUGAUGAAUCUAUCGAGUGUGAAACUGCAGAUGGACAAGCCACUACUGACGCAAAAUAAUUCGCUGCUGGACGGCAUCAUAACUCGAAAUAUAGACACCUAUGUCUCGCAGGUGGCGGCUUCAGUGAACACAAUAUUAAGCAUCACCCCAUCAGCGGAUGCGGUGAACAACGUGGCGAGGACUGCCGAUUCGAGCGCCAGCAUCGCCGCCACUCUUUCUUCGUCCAUCAAUUCCGCUGUAAAUGUAUCUCAGCAAUCGAAGACCAAAGUAGAGGCCCUACAGAACAGUCUGACGGCACUAACGGAUAAAGAACGACUGACCACAAUGUGCCUCAACGAUGUUAAGAGAAUCACCGAUAGUAUCAACGCUGCUAUCUUGACGGUGAACACGAAGGCGAACAGCACAGCCCUGUCGGCACAGCUGACUAAAGACAACCUCACACUGACAUCCAACACGACGAAUCCGGUAAAGCAAACCUUCCAGAACCUCUCCACUAGCACGGAUAAUUCCCUAAGAUCCCUGGACCUCACCCAGGAUCAAAUCACGGCUCUUCUCAACGGCCAAAACAAGAACACGCAAACACUGGCUGACGUGAAUAACAGGCUUUAUACAAAAAAAUCAGACUUUGACAGACUUGAUAAAGCAAACUUCCUCCCAAACUGA